AUGAUGGUUGAAGAGGAUUAUUGUUGUUCAGACGAUACAUUUGGACCCGAAGAACCAGAUGACAAUAUUGAUAUGGUUCCUGAGGAAUUCCGGCAUAUUGUUUUGUACAGAGAGCUUGAUACUUUAGGCUCUCAUUCUACUUUCAGGCAAAAGUCACGGCGUCGACGGUGGACCCAACGCGAUAUGACAAACGCCUACAAUGCUGUUAAGUAUCAAGGUAUGUCACUUAGGGGUGCUGCAACAGCAUUUAAUGUCCCUGAAUCAACACUUCGGGAUCGCGUACACGGGCGGGUCAGCCUAGAAUGUUCACGUCCCGGACCUCCUACAUUUUUCACUUUUGAAGAAGAAAAGAAGAUGGUGGAUCACAUUCUUUUCAUGAGUAAAAUCGGCUAUCCAUACACGCGAAAUCAGGUUGUAGAACUCGCAGGAGACAUGACGAAAGCGGUCGGAAGAAUCGCACCGUUUAAGUACCUUAAUCCGAGUCAGGCCUGGUUCUACGCAUUCCUCAAUCGCUGGCCUGAUCUGAAGAACUUCCUUUUCGGACCGAGAACCAAUCGAAAGUCAAAGGGUGUUUCUGGGGACGCAAUACAAGCUUACUUUGAACAGCUAGAUAAAGUAUUGACGAAGUAUGGAAUCCGAGAUAAGCCAGAGCACAUGUGGGUGGUAGAUGAAGUAAGCAUCAGUUGUGAGAAUCAGCCUCCUCGAAUUCUCCCGAUCGGAAUUCAGCGCGCCCAAUCGGUGAGUUACUGGAGCCCUACGGUGGCAAUUAUUGGAGCCGCCAGUGCCGCUGGCGAGAAGAUUCCUCCCUUCCUUAUCUAUCAUGGCGAAUCCAUCACAAGUGAGUUAUUUUUUGCUAUCGGCGGAUUGAUAAAGUUUGGUGGCUUCGUUUCAACUAAUGGCAAGUUUUGA